CAAAUAGUGCUAUUCGAUCAAACGCAUGAUGCUGAGCACAACGCGCUGAGUUUCAGCUCGAUUGGUCCAAUAGUUCGUGAGAUAUGGCAAAAUGUUGGAAAAAACUUAUUUUUGCACAUUGCUGCAAAUAGUGCUAUUCGGUCAAGCGGUGUUGAUGCUGAGCACAACGCGCUGAGUUUCAGCUCGAUUGGUCCAAUAGUUCGUGAGAUAUGGCAAAAUGUUGAAAAAAACUUAUUUUUGCACAUUGCUGCAAAUAGUGCUAUUCGGUCAAGCGGUGUUGAUGCUCAGCACAACGCGCUGAGUUUCAGCUCAAUUAGUCCAAUA